AUGCGUCUCUCAAAACUCUCGUUCCUCGUCCAGGCUCUGCUCUUGACCGCGGUUGCGGCUCAAAGUGCAGAUGCUACCAACCUCCUCAGCGAUAUCACCAGCGGUGCUUCAUCAACCUCGAGCAGCUCUUCUUCGGAGCCUACCACAACCAGCAGUACUAGCUCGUCCACUUCAUCAACUACCUCUUCCACGGCUCCCAGCACCACCAGCACGCAUACCACAUCCACCACUUCCUCGUCUUCCGAGCCCCCAUCCACCACCUCGACGUCCACUACCUCAUCUAAGACUUCUACCACCUCCAGUGUUGCCGAGCAGACUACCGCGGCGGAUACCACGGAUACUCCUUCAACUACUCAAUCUGCCGUGGUCAAGACCAUCACUGCCGAAGUGACCAUCAGCGGCACCCCCCAAGCGACUGUUAUGCUUUCCACCUCCACUCCGGCUUCUGCGACAUCCACCUCUCCGUCGCUCAAUGCAAACAACAGCUCUUCUAGCAGCGGUGUCUCCGCCUCGGACAAGAAGAUCAUUAUCGGUGUUGUGGUCGGCGUCGGUGGUGCCAUCCUCAUUGGUGUUCUGGGUGUGGUCUUCUGGCGCAUCCAGAAGAAGCGCAACGAGGGUUACAACGAUGAGGAUGAUGAUCUGAUGGGCGGUACUGCCGUCGGCAGUGGCCCUCGUGAGAAGGCCCCUAGCCCGUCUCAGGGUGGUACCCCCUUCAAGAACACCCUAGACCAGUACCACAACCCGGGUCCUGUUAACGCUGCAUCCAACUUCUAA